AUGAAAUCAAUAGUAUUUUUGGCAUUAAUUUUGGCGGCUGUUGUAAACGCUAUUCACCAAAACGAUCUAGCUGACUACGAAACAGUGAAAAACUCGCGCAACUUUACGGGCAAGGUGGUUUUGGUGACCGGUUCCAGCUCUGGCAUCGGUGAGGGUAUUGUCAAACUGUUUGCCUAUUUGGGGGCCAAAGUGGUGGUCACCGGACGUAAUGUUUCCCGCAUUCAUACUGUCGCUCAGGAGGCGCAACAACUAUCACCUCUUAAGCUGAAGCCAUUAGAAGUGUCAUCAGAUUUGACAAAAGCGGGUGGAGUGGAGCGUCUAAUCUCGGAGACCAUCAAAGCUUACGGCCGAUUAGAUGUGUUGGUAAACGACGCGGGGCAAUAUCCACAAUCGGACGUACAUGAUAAAAACUUGCUAGAUGAAUGGGAUCAGGUGUUUAACAUCGAUGUCAAAGCGGUCGUACAUAUGGUUCACGAGGCGGUGCCAUACCUGGAGAGGACAAACGGCACUGUCAUUGAUAUAUCGAGUAUCGGUGGUCUCCAUCCGUCGGUGCCAUUCCUGGCCUACAGUUCAGCCAAAGCGGCUGUAAUUAUGAUGACAGAGGUGUUGGCGCUCGAGUUGGGCCCCAAAGGAGUUCGCGUCAAUGCAAUCAGUCCGGGCACAACCAAUGCGCCCAAAAUAGGACUACCGGUGCAAGAGUUGACCGCCAAAUACGCGCCGCUCAGGCGUGUGGGUCAGCCCCUGGACAUUGCGAAGGCGGCCGUGUUUUUGGCCUCAACCGACGCCCAGUAUAUCACUGGCCAUAAUCUGGUGGUCGACGGCGGACAGGGAUAUAACAUACCCAACACUUACGAUGGCUUUUAG